AUGGGCUGCGGCGCAUCGAAGUCUCCCUCCGUCGUGUACGUGAACGGCAGGCCAACGUUCGAGGGUGACGAGGUGGUGAAGGGGUUUGACGAGGGCAAUGGCCUCCUCUUCCGCAUCGUGAAUAACAAAAAGAGGCAGUGGGCUUACUACAACGACACCACCGAGUACGAGAUGCACGUGAAGGUGAAUUUUGGCGAGGACUGCGACAUCAGGGCUCUUGGCAAGACGCAUCUGGAGAAGUUGGAUUCAGGUGAGUACCUGGCGACAGUCGUCAUCUACCCGUGCGAGACGGAGAUGUUUAUUGAGGGCCGUGUGAAUGGCUUCAGGGUGAAGAUGGACGCGCUUCCUCUCCCUGAACACCGCAGGCGAAAUAAAGGGAAAAAGCGCAAGCAAUGUUGUUAG